GGACCCCCCCCGCCCCCAGCCAGGGCGGCUCCGGGACCCCCGGCGGAGGCACCUACGUUAUCCAGGGGGGGUACAUGGGGGGCGGCGGCGCCGCCUACGCUCACACCACCCGCGCCUCCCCCGCCACGGUGCAGUGGCUGCUGGACAACUACGAGACGGCCGAGGGGGUGAGUUUGCCCCGCAGCGCCCUGUACUGCCACUACCUGCUGCACUGCCAGGGCCACAAGCUGGAGCCCGUCAACGCCGCCUCCUUCGGGAAGCUCAUCCGCUCCGUGUUCAUGGGGCUGCGCACGCGGCGCCUCGGCACCAGGGGGAACUCCAAGUACCACUACUACGGGCUGCGCAUCAAGGCGGGGUCGCCGCUGCUGCGGCUCGUGGAGGACCAGCAGCACCUGGCCAUGCGGCAGCAGCCCUUCGCCCAGAAACAACGCCUCAAACCCGUGCAGAAGGUGGAGGGAGGGGUCACCAACGGGGUGUCCUCGGGGCCGGCCCCCCCCGGCGUCCCCGACAUCAGCGCCCAGGUGCAGCAGUACCAGCAGUUCCUGGAUGCUUCCCGCACGCUGCCGGAGUUCCCCGAGAUCGACCUGCAGGGGAAGGGGCUCCCCGAGGGCACAGGGGCCGAGGACCUGCGCAUCUUCCAGCAGCUCUACCGGGAGCACUGCGAGGCCAUCGUGGAUGUGAUGAUCAACCUCCAGUUCUCGCUGGUGGAGACGCUCUGGAAAAGCUUCUGGCGCUGUAGCGGCGAGACCGAUGCGCAGGAGGAGGUGGAGCGGCGCCUGCCCCGGCGGCGGCUGCUGCUGCUGGCCCGGCACGAGCCCGUCCUGCGCUGGGUGCGCGACUGCGACCACGCCCUGUACCAGGGGCUGGUGGAGAUCCUGGUGCCCGACGUGCUGCGCCCCAUCCCCAGUGCCUUGACCCAGGCGAUCCGGAACUUUGCCAAGAGCCUGGAGAGCUGGUUGGGGAACGCCAUGGUCAGCAUGCCCGAGGAGAUGGUCCGAGUCAAGGCAGCGGCGGCCGGGGCGUUCGCGCAGACCCUGCGGCGCUACACGUCCCUGAACCACCUGGCACAGGCGGCCCGGGCCGUGCUGCAGAACACGGCCCAGAUCAGCCAAAUGCUCAGCGACCUCAACCGCGUCGACUUCGCCAACGUCCAGGUGGGGGGGACCCCAAACGGGGCCGGGGAGGCUGAGCCGGGUCCAGCCCGAGAGCCGGGGGGGCUCCCCUGCGAGAGGAGAUCCAGCCCCGCGCUCCCGGGAGCCGGGCCGGGCUGGGG